GGGACCACUUUGUUGGAAGUAACAGGAUGUAGCUGUGUUGAUAUUUGUUGGAGGAGCGCUACAAACACGACUUUAUCAUGGAGGGAACAUCCAAAAGUGGAGCAGCUGCUGCAGAGCCCAGCGUUGCUGCUCAGGUUCCUUUCCUUCACUUGUGCACAACUUUAGAGAAAAUCCAGAAGUCCAAACUCCGUCCAGAUAAAUCCAAGAUCCUUGGGGAUUUCAUUGAAUCAUGGCGGAAAUUUUAUGCCGCUCUCCACAAGGACAACCCGAAAACUACAGACUCCUUCUACCCUGCUAUGCGCCUCAUUGUCCCGCCUUUUGAGCGAGAGCGAAUGGCAUACGGCAUCAAAGAGAGCAUGCUAGCUAAGCUCUACAUUGAUGUUUUAGGCCUCCCAAAGAAUGGUCCAGAAGCCAGUAAGCUCCUGAACUACCGUGCGCCGACUACAUCCCAAGGAGAAGCGGGGGAUUUUGCCGGCAUGGCGUACUUUGUGCUGAAGAAGCGAUGUACCAGCCAAGGAAACCUCAGUAUCAAAGAGGUCAAUGACUUUCUCGACUCAGUGGCCAUCAACAAUGCCAGCAAGCAGAAGGAUCAGGUGAAAAAGAGCCUGUUGCACCUCAUCACUCAGAGCUCUGCUCUGGAGCAAAAGUGGCUUAUUAGGAUGAUUCUGAAGGACAUGAAGCUUGGAGUCAGCAAGGAAACUGUUCUCCAGGUCUUCCACCCGGAUGCCGCGGAGCUCUACAACGUCAACACGGACUUAAAAAAGGUGUGCCAGCAGCUGCACGACCCGUCUGUGUCUUUAAGCGAAGUCUCAAUUGAACUCUUCUCUGCCUUCAAGCCAAUGUUGGCAGCGGUGGCCAACAUCCGCAACAUCGAGAAGCAGAUGGGCAACAGCCCCUUCUACCUUGAGACAAAGCUGGAUGGGGAGCGGAUUCAGCUUCACAAGGACGGAGACGUGUACAAGUACUUCAGCCGGAACGCGUUUGAAUACACGCAGCAGUUCGGAGGAUCGCCGCUCAAGGGAUCGCUCACUCCUUACAUCCACAACGUGUUCAAAAGCAACGUCGUAAACUGCAUCCUGGACGGCGAGAUGAUGGCGUUCAAUCCGACGGCGGGGACCUUCAUGCAGAAAGGGAGCAAAUUUGACAUCAAGAGACUGAUCGACGACUCUGAGCUGCAGACGUGCUUCUGCGUCUUUGACGUGUUGCUAGUUAAUAACCAAAAACUUGGCAAAGAACCGCUGAAGAAGCGGUAUGAGGUCCUCCAGACGGUCUUCACCCCCGUCAAAGGUCGAAUACAUGUGGUACCAAAGACAGAAGUGGGAACAAUGCAAGAUGUUGUUAAUGCUCUUAACGAUGCCAUUGAUAACAGGGAAGAAGGGAUUAUGGUGAAGGACCCUUUGUCCAUCUACAAACCUGAUAAACGAGGGGAGGGUUGGCUGAAAAUAAAGCCAGAGUAUGUGGACGGCUUGAUGGAUGAGCUGGACCUGCUGAUUGUUGGUGGUUACUGGGGGAAAGGGAGACGGGGCGGGAUGAUGUCCCACUUUCUGUGUGGAAUCGCAGAAGCGCCAAAGCCUGGUGAGAAGCCGUCGGUUUUCCACUCCUUCUGCCGAAUUGGCUCGGGUUACACCAUGAAAGAGCUGUACGACCUUGGGCUGAAGCUUGCAAAGCAUUGGAAAGUCUACCGGAAAAACGACCCGCCGACGUCCAUCCUCUGUGGAGUGGAGAAACCAGAGGUGUACAUCGAGCCCUGCAACUCGGUCAUCAUCCAGGUCAAAGCGGCCGAGAUAGUCGGAAGCGACAUGUACAAGACCAACUGCACCCUGCGGUUCCCCAGGAUCGAAAAGAUCCGCGAGGACAAGGAGUGGCACCAGUGCAUGACUCUGGCAGAGCUGGAUCAGUUCCGCAGCAAGGCGUCCGGGAAACUAGCCUCGCGGCACCUUCACAUCGACGGCGACGAACCACAGAAGAAGAAGCGGAAGCUGCCUGUCAAACCCAAGAAGGUGGUUGGCGUCAUUGACCACUUCAAAAACCAGGACCUGUCCGGGGUUUCCAAGGAGACGGACAUGUUUGAGGAUGUGGAGUUCUGCAUCCUGAACGGCACUGAAGGUCACCCAAAGUCAGAGCUGGAGAAGGGCGUGGCCAGGUGUGGCGGCAUUGUGGUCCAGAACCCGGGACGGGACACCUACUGCGUGGUUGCCGGCGUGGAGAACAUGCGCGUGAAGAACCUGAUUUCCUCCAAUCAGCACGACGUGGUCUGGGCGUCAUGGCUGCUGGAGUGCCUGGAUCAGAAGGAAGUGGUGCCGUGGCAACCACGCCACAUGAUCCACAUGUCGCCCUCGACCAGGGAACACUUCGCCAAGGAGUACGACACCUACGGCGACAGCUACUUUGUCGAUACAGACGAGCAGCAGCUGAGGGAAGUGUUCAGCAGGAUCGACGGCGAGCAGGCGGCGGCAGCGUCCGUCGGCGCGGCGGAGGUGGAGGAGCGUUACGGCUGGGACGACCUCCUAACCAGCAUGUUUAGACCCUUCACCUUUUACUUCGACAUCUUGGAUCCGAAAAGCGCAACAGGUGCUACCUGUCUGGACAUCAGGGCGCUGGAGGUUCGAUAUCAUGGAGGGACGGUGGCUAAGGCGCUGGAGGAAGGAGUUUCUCACGUCGUUGUCGAGGAAGAGACGAGACUCCUGGAGCUGAGGACGCUGAGGCGCCGCUUCAGGAGGAAGUUUAAGAUCGUUAGAGACUCGUGGGUAACCGACUCCAUCGCAGCAGGGCAUCUGAUGGACGAUCCUGACUACCUGGUUUGAAGCUACAGCAUAUUAGCAAAGUUUGCAUUUUAGCUCAUAUUUUAACACAAAAUCUUACCUAGUCAUUUUUCAUCGACAAAACUAACAUAUAACUUUUAAGCGAGAUAUAGGAGCUUAUUUUAAGUAAAUAAUUCUUCAAUAUUGAUGAAAAAGUAGAUUAUUUAACUUAUGGGAAACAUUUCUUGUUAUGAGUUAAUUAAUAUGACAGGGAAAACGAGUAUCUUGCUGAAAAGUUGCUUGUAUGUUUUUUUUGUCUCAUUUCAAACUAGACAAAAAUACUUGAUAAGAUUUCCAAUCAGAUUAGAAAUAAAGGUAGAAAUUAAUUAGUUUUAUUAAUACUGUAUACUUCUUAGGGUUUUAACAUAGUAAAUGUUUUCUUCAUGAUUUGAAAUGGAACAAGUAAUUAUGUUUUUAUCUAGUUUGACUUAAUUUAGGAAAUAUGGAGAGGACGUUUUACAGGAUUUUAUGCACAUUUGUGUGUAAGGAAAAUGAUACACGGUGGCGGCACCAUCAUGCUGUGGGCAGGUUUGUCUUUUUCAGCAGAAAUGUGCGAUAAUAUGUACGGAACGAAAUGCUGAACUCUGAUAAACAUUUUUGUCUCUAAUGCAGGAAACGGCACCCCCACAGCAUGAUGCUGCCACCACCAUGUUUUACUACAUGUUGGUCUAUUACAUAAAAGUCUAAAAAGCUGCACUGAAUAUGUACAUUUAUUAUAGAAACGUGCACAUAAAUACUACAUUCUUGGUUUUUAAGAGACACUAUGUUCCAGCAUCUACAUGUUUGCAUUUUAGCUUUUUAAAUUGAACUAUUAAACAAUUUUUAUUUCAUUACCUUAUUGCUUGAUCAAUAAUGGAUUUGAAUCAUAUCCACCUGUAGGAUUGAAUGAGCAUUAACAUGAUUUGUUUACAGUCAAUAAAAUUUUUGUUUUAUUUCA